AUGGCGCUGUGCGCGCGGGCCGCGCUGCUGCUGGGCGCGCUGCAGGUGCUGGCGCUGCGGGGGGCGGCAGCGGCGAACGGUACGGACGGUCUCGGUAAGUCCGCGGACGGAGAGGAAGCGCGCCGCGGCGGCCUGCCUGCCUCCACCCCAGGGUCCGCCUGGAAAGUUCCACGCGUCUGCGGUAGACUCCGCUGGCGAAGGGGGAGCGGGGGUUGGGGCCACCUGCCCAACAAGACUCUGGCUCUCCGCUGCUUGGGGGCGGCAAGCCGGCGUGGGGCGCGCUCACCAAACGGAAACCACUCUGCAUCUGCGCCGACUGCCAGUGUUAACGUAACAGAGAACGCCACCAUCCAUGUGGCUUCCAACCAGACCAUUGAGAUUAACAACAGCACCGUGAGGCCGUUAGUGACUUCGGUACUGCCAAGAAUUACCACAGUUGUCACAGUGAAACCUGCAACUAUUGCUAAGAUAUCAACACCAGGAAUCUCCCCACAUAUGACUCCCACUCCCUCAAAGUCUACACCCAAAGCAAGUGUUCCCCCAAAUUCAACCCAGACGCCAGCAUCCGUGAUGUCCACAGCCCACAGUAGUUUACUGACAUCUGUAACAAAGACAGCAGCCGCUCACCCGGACAAAGGCAGAGGAUCCAAGUUUGACGCCGGCAGCUUUGUUGGUGGGAUAGUGUUAACGCUGGGAGUGUUGUCUGUUCUCUACAUUGGGUGCAAGAUGUACUAUUCAAGAAGAGGCAUUCGGUACCGAAGCAUUGAUGAACAUGAUGCUAUCAUUUAAAAUACUCCAAUGGCCAAGGAGAGAAGAGAGACUGCAGCCCUGUCAAUUAGAUGGUUAUAUCACCGUGAAAUAUUAUUUUCUUAGAAACAGUAUAAACAAGCCAUGCAUAAAAUGAACAGUGUAUUCCAUUAAUAUCUGGAAAUUCUCAUUACUAAAGGUGAAGGGUGUGGUCUGGGGAGUUAAAUGAAUAUUUGGAGCUAACAGGUAAUUUAUCCACUGACUGUGUAUAUUUAGUAAGUCAUAGCAAGACAAGGCCUGUCUUUUAGAGUGUGUGCCUGCACUGACUGGCCAUCUGGCAUGCAGCUAAGGAGCCUGUCACAACACUCAUCAUUUUUAGUUCUGUGUUGCUCACUUGAAGAACUUGUGUGCCCUUCAGAGAUGGGUGUGUCCUAUGCAUGCCUCGGGGUCACAAUGGAG